AUGUCUGGAGGUUGCCUGUGCCCUUCCAAGCCACCCCCGAAGCCACGGUACGCCGCUGUCCGCAGGCUUCUCCAUCCCGAGUCCUGCGACGCGUCCCCCGUCGUGCUCGACUCCUCCGCGCUGGUCCUCUAUUUCCCCGCGCCCGCCACCGUGACCGGCGAGGACGUGCUGGAGCUGCACGUUCACGGCGGCUCCGCCACCGUCAAGGCCGUCCUCGCCGCCAUCCCGCGCUGCCGCCGCCCGCCGCCGUCCGGAGGACGCAUCCGCUACGCCGAGCCGGGUCGAGGCCGAGGCGCUGAUCGACUUCUCCGAGGACCAGCACCUGGACGAGUCGCCGGCGGACUUGCUGGAGAGUGUGGCGCGGCAGGUGCGGGAGAUGCUGCAAGGGAUCCGGCUGCACGAGAGGGGAGGCGAGAGGAGCGAGCUGCUGCGGAGCGGGAUCCGGAUCGCGCUGGUGGGGCCGCCGAACGCGGGCAAGAGCUCGCUGAUGAACUUGAUAGUUGGGCGGGAGGCGUCGAUUGUGUCGGGGGAGGCGGGCACGACGCGGGACGUGGUGGAGGCGAGCCUGGAUAUCAGGGGGUACCUGUGCUCGUUUGCGGACACGGCGGGCUUCAGGACGAGGGAGGAGGGAGAAACAAGGCAAAAGAAGCGGAUGUCGUGGUCGUGCUGGCAUCUGUCGAGACGAGCGGUGCAGGCGAUGCUUAUAUACGACACGACGAGCAGACGCUACAACUAGCAGCCGAGGCGGACAGCUGUCUCGUGCUGGUCAACAAGCGAGAUGCCGUCGACCAAGAGACGCUGCAAGCCCUGCUCUCCGACUUCCAGAAGGAACUACGCGGCAAGCUGCAGGGCAUCAACGUCCACGCCGUGUCCUGCAAGGAAGCGCAGGGUGGCACCACCCACACCGUCGCGGUCGGCGGGGACACGCAGGACCCCGGCAGCGUCCACGCUGUCAUCGACGCGCUGGGUGCACGCUUCGCCGCCAUGACGACGCUCCCGGCCGAGCAGCAGGACCUCCUCGGCGUGACGGAGCGUCAGCGGCAGCUGCUGGCGGACUGCCGCGGCCACCUGGAGGCGUUCCUGGCGGAGGCGGAGGCGGAGGCGGCGGACAGCGUGCUGGCGGCAGAGUUUCUAAGGUACGCGGCGGACUGCCUGGCGCGCAUCACGGGACGGGGCGAGGGCGGCGACGUGGAGGAGGUGUUGGGCGUGGUGUUUGAAAAGUUUUGUGUGGGAAAGUAG